AUGAAAUCGUUUUUAAAUUUCGUCUUUUUGACUUUAAUUAAACAAUUAUUAAUUAAUAAGCAGAAGCAGUUAUGGUUAAAAUUUUUUAGCAAAAUGCCUAUUUUUAGAUAUGAAGGCUGAUUUUUGGCAUAUCUAUUCUGAUUUACCUCAAUAGCAUGCUUAAAGUUUAAUUUUUCUAUUUGGUUUUUUUUAAUUAUUAUUGUAGCUUGGCCUGAAUUAUUUCAAUAUCAAUAG